UAUAUUUAUAGCCAGACACCAAGAACGGUGUAGAGAGGAUAUGUUCUGUGACUUAGAACACAGCACAACUGCACUUUAAGUGCUAACCUAGAAACUACAGUUCGGAGCUGCCUGCCACCCUGAAAUCAAAUAGCAUGGAGGCUACAGAGAACAGGCUGUCAAGUACAACUGCACAAUAUGAGUAUUCAGAUGCCUCAAUCUACUUUGUCAAAAAUUUGGACACAGUGGAUUCAGUUUUCAAGCCCACUCUAUACUGCUUUAUAUUUUCCUGCGGACUUGUUGGAAAUGCCUUGGUAUUGUGGAUAUUAAUAUGUUUUAAAAAGAUGGACUCUCUAACUGACAUUUAUCUUCUCAACAUGGCCAUUUCAGACUUGAUGUUUGUAUUUUCAUUGCCAUUUGUCGUGUAUCAACUCCUCAAUCAUUGGGUGUUUGGCGAAGUCAUGUGCAAAAUGCUGUCUGCAAUGUAUUUCAUGGGGUUUUUUAGUAGCAUAUUCUUUAUAACAGUCCUGAGUGUAGACCGUUACCUAGCAAUUGUCCAUGUAGUGUUAUCACUUAAGUUUAGAACUAUGAAGCUGGGACUGAUUGUCACAUUUGUUGUGUGGACUUUUUCUUUUCUCUUGUCCGCAACAAAUUUUAUUUUUCACAAAACAGAGACAAAUAAUGGCUUCACUGAUUGUGCGGCCUUUUAUCCUGAAGGCCAGGAGAAACUUUGGACUCUCCUGUCCUACUUUCAAAUCAAUAUCUUUGGCUUAAUUAUCCCUCUGGUUAUUUUAGUUUCCUGUUACUCACAGAUUAUUAGGAAUUUACACAACAGCAGGAGUAUGCAGAAGAAACAUGCCGUCAAACUGAUCCUCAUACUCGUCUUUGUGUUCUUUGUAUUUUGGUCCCCCUACAACAUAGUCAUUUUUUUAAGAAUAUUGAACACGUUCGGUGCAUUUGGUGAUUCCAGCUAUGACGACAAGUUGAAAACGGCAAUGGAAGUAUCUCAGACAAUAUCUUUCUUGCAUUGCUGUUUAAAUCCUAUCAUUUACACUUUUGCUGGUGAUAAUUUUAAGAAGCAUCUUUUCCGUAUGUUCAACAAGCUGUUAAAAUGCAUGCAUAUAAGCAGAAGAUGCCGAUCGUCUGAAAACACCAGCGUCGAUCGAUCAUCCUUUACAGGAAGGGAUUCGCGUUCCUAUUCUUCAGACGCCAUCAUUUGAAUUUUUAAUUUAGUAGUGAUGAGUAUAGACUUGUAUAUUGUUAGGACAUCCCUGUGAGGAUGAAAUGAUCUGCAUUUACACGGCCCGAGAAUUGGGCAGAUUAUCAGGAAUGGUCGUUCCCGAAAAUCUGACUAUGUAAAUGUAAUGACGAUCACCCGAUAAACCAGCUAUAGCAAACCUUCCUCCUCCUCAUACUAUGAAGGAGAUCGCUACAUGUACUGUAAAUGCGCGGUCUCCUUCACUGAACAAGCAGCCAACUGUCAGGAAGAAACCCUUCCUUCCUGACAAUUGGCCGCUCAGUCGGCCCAUGUAAAUCUAGCCUAAGUGUACACAGUAAGUGCACUGAAAAUAAGGGCACAGAUUAUAACAUUUUCUAACCAAUGUUUGAAGUUUUUUUUCCAUGUAGAGCAUUUAUGGAUUAACGGGACCUCAACUUGAUCUACCCAGGGACUGAGGGUCCUGUUAAGGCCUCAUGCACACAAACUGUGCUGGCCGUUCCAUACAUGGGCACCAUCAGUGCGGUUGCCGCAGACGGAUGCAAACCCAUUCAACUUGAAUUGCUCCGUGAUCCAUCCGCACAACAAAAGUUUUAUUUGCAGUGUGGAGGCACGGAGAGAAAGUGCCUCUGUUCCACACCGCUCCUUCUGGAUUGCGGACGCAUUCAAGUAUCUGUGAUACAGUGUGCACACAGCCGGUGCCCGUAUUUUGUGGGCCGCAAUCCGGGCAUGGCUGGGCGACAGCCGUGUGCAUGAGGCCUAACUCUGCCAUCAGCAGCCACUUUUACCAUUGAAAUCAGCUGAGAAUUGGCACUGUUAGCUAUCAGAAAGAGAGUGCCAGCCAUUUCUUUACUUUUCAAAGGUGAAGGCGGCAAUUUUGAAAUCACUGGACCCUUUUCUCCUAAUAAAUGAUGGUCCUGGUUUUGUCCCUCAACCUCUCAUUUUACAGCUUAUACUGUGUAAGGUAGGAAUUCCCCUUUGAAGGGAAUCUGUCACCCCAAUUUUGGAUCAUUAUCUACAGUAAUAUGUGUAGUACUGCAGAUAAGGAGUCCAGAUCAUUAUUUUUUAUUUUCUUACCGCCCCCAUUCCCCUGCUGUCAGCG